CUUCCGGUCUUCCUCACGAAGCACUUCCGGCCGGGGCCGGAAGCUCUGUUGCGGGUCGGCGCGUGCGAGCGGCCGCCGCCCUGACCACCCGGCCGGCGGCGGGCAGAUCUCCUCAUAUAUUUCGGAUUCUGGCAGUAUUUACAAUGACUGACACUUUGACAUCAGAUGUCAUCGGUCGAAGAGUUGAAGUUAAUGGAGAACUUGCAACAGUGUGUUUUUAUGGCAUCGUCCCUCCCGUGGCAGGACUCUGGUUAGGCGUAGAAUGGGACAACCCCGAGAGAGGAAAGCAUGAUGGCAGCCACGAGGGGACUGUGUACUUUAAAUGCAGGCACCCAACAGGAGGAUCCUUUAUCCGUCCAAACAAAGCAAAUUUUGGAGUAGAUUUUCUUACUGCACUUAAGAACCGGUAUGCGUUAGAAGAGGAAGCAGAAGCAGCUGGGAAAGAACAUCUUGUUACAAUUGGAAAUAAACCCGUGGAAACUGUUGGUUUUGAUUCUAUUAUAAAACAGCAAAGUCAGCUGAGCAAGUUGCAAGAAGUUUCUUUGCGGAACUGUGCAGUGAAUUGCGCUGGUGACAAAGGAGGCAUUGCCGAAGCGUGUCCGAAUAUCAGAAAUUUGGAUUUGUCAAAAAACCUGCUGUCGUUAUGGGACGACGUCACAGAUAUCGCUGAUCAGCUCGGACACCUAGAGGUCCUUAAUCUCAGUGAGAAUAAGCUGCGAUUCUCGCGGGGCCCAGCGUCGCCAGCCGGGACGUUUUCUGCACUCAAGGUUUUAGUCCUUAGCCGGACGGGAAUAACCUGGGCUGAGGUGCUCCGCUGUGCCACCGGCUGGCCGGUCCUCGAGGAGCUGUACCUCGCGGCGAACAACAUCACCAUUUUGGAAAGGCCAAAUGACGUUCUACAGACGGUCAAGUUAUUAGACCUUUCCUCUAACCAGUCAAUUGAUGAAAAUCAGCUGUUUCUAAUAGCGUAUCUACCCAGGUUAGAACAGCUAAUCCUCAGUGACGUGGGGAUUUCUUCUCUCCACUUUCCAGACACUGGAAUUGGGUGCAAAUCGUCAAUGUUUACUUCCUUGCAAUACCUCGUGGUCAACGACAACCAGAUAUCGCGGUGGUCGUUCAUCAACGAGCUGGAUAAGCUGGAGAGUCUGCAGGCGCUGUCCUGCCUCAGGAACCCCCUGACCGCGGGGAGCAGGGCCGAGACCACGCGGCAGUUCAUCAUCGCCAAAAUCGGGCAGCUGGAGAUGCUCAACAAGUGCCAGAUCCUUCCCGAGGAGAGGCGAGGGGCCGAGCUGGAUUACCGCAAGGCCUUCGGGCCCGAGUGGCGGAAGGCGGGUGGGCACCAGGACCCAGACCGGAACCGGCCCAGUGGAGAAUUCCGCGCCGCGCACCCCAGAUACCAGUUGCUCUGCCUCAAAUACGGCGCACCGGAAGACGGGGAACUCAAGACACAACAGCCCUUUCUGCUCAAAAACCAGCUACUAACACUUAAGAUAAAAUGUCCUCAUCAGCUUGAUCAGAAAGUCAUAGAGAAGCAACUGCCAGACUCCAUGACAGUUCAGAAAGUGAAAGGAAUGCUGUCGCGUCUCCUCAGAGUUCCUGCGUCAGACCUUCUGUUGUCCUAUGAAAGUCCCAAAAUGCCGGGCAGAGAGAUCGAACUAGAAAGUGACCAACAGUCGUUACAGUUUUACUCUGUGGAAAAUGGAGACUGUCUGUUAGUGCGAUGGUAACAGCUAACUGAACCCGAGGCCACUAGGCUGCUUGUUGUGACUGGGGUUCGCCGGAAGUAAAGGAUUUAUUGGGACACGUUUUAUAACGUGCCCUGAGGAUAAAAAAGGUGGUACUUUUCAUUUGGGAAGAGACCGUUUCUCACCUCGUGUAUAAUAGCAAUAAAGGCUUUGCACCUACUAA